UCUGAUAAAAGACUCUCCUGUGCUUUAAAAGGUCAUGAGGAUCUGCUCUCGGCUGAAGUCUGUACUGAGGAUAAAAACUGCUGGAGUGUGAAUUAUUUCAGCAGGAGAAUUUGUGCACCAGAAGGUUCUUCAGUGAGCACUUCAAGUGAAUACUCAUACCCUGAUGACCAGCAACCCAAGUCUAAAUUAUGGUAUAAAAUAAAGAGAACUAGUGAGGUGGAUGCUGAAAAUGUGAUUGGGGCUGUAGGUCGUGUGGAGUAUCAUGACAACAUGAAGAAUCGCCACAUCCUUAAAAUUAAAAAGUUGAUGAAGAAUGACUCGGCAGAAUAUACGUUCAGACACCAAACAGAAGAAGGAGGACAAAAACAGUCCGAUUUACCUGGAGUGACUUUGGUUGUCACAGGCCUGAGAGUGAAGUUUACUCCUUCUGCAGAGGUGACAGAGGGCCAGAGAGUCACACUGACCUGCAGAACAAGCUGUCCUCUGACUGACAACACAAACUACAUCUGGUACUUAAACACACGACCUUUGACCCUGCCAGAGAACCAAAACAAACACUUGGUUCUAGACCCAGUCAGCAGUCAGCAUGCAGGAAACUACUCCUGUGCAGUCAAAAACAGCAUCAGUUCACAUGAAAGGACUCUCACUGUUCAAGGGAAAUCAAUGGCAAUAAUUAAUGCAGUUAGACUGACUAUUGCAUUAAUGAUCCCAAUUCCUCUACUUCUUUUCCACCUGUGGAUGAGGAAGAAGAAAACUCUGACCUCCACUGCUGAGCCUAGUGACCAAGGUAAAAGAUGA